CAUUGUACAUUAUAAAUGUUGCUCAGCUGAUUUCUUGCAGCACAACAAUGAUAAAGGUCAAAGGUGAAUUCCCAGCGCCCUGAAGCUCUGGCCUCUGCAUUGUGAGGCGGCACAAUAACAGGGGUCUGCUUCCAGCCUCUGGAGCCGGAGACAUCUGGAGGAGCAGUCAUAACAGAACCCUGCCUCUCAUUGUUUUCUGCUGCAGGACGGAACCGGCCCGGUUUCUGCUGCUGAACAACACUUCCGUCUUCAGUUCCCAAACAGGAUGCUGGAGCACCAACAGCUCACAUCAGUUCUCCUUCAGCCAUGACUGGACCGCUGCUGACCGGUCUCCACUCUCCCUGAAAGCUCUGCACAGAUCCUGCUUUGYUGCUCUGCACAGCAGCCAUGUUGCUGAUCUUCCUCCUGCCGCUCAUCAGCAGCUUGGAGGGRUCAUCAGGAGCCAAACAGGAGAUGCUGUGCUCCCCCAAAGCCUGCUUCGUCCUGAACAUGGAGCCCGUUGGCUUUCACAAGGCCCAGGACAUCUGCCAGGAAGACGGCGGGUACCUGAUGACUCUCAGAGACAGAGAGGAGGAGGAGGAUCUGCGCUCUCUUCUCUCGCUGGUUGAAAAACAACRUCCUGGCCAGGUGUUAAAGGUCUGGAUCGGCUUGACGCUGAUGAAGAAGGACUGCGUUCUCCCCGACAGGCCGCUCCGAGGGUUCAAAUGGGUCUCUGGGAAUGAAGAUUCCCAGUAUUCCAACUGGGAACAAGAGCCUCCUGACACAUGCGUCACAGAGAGUUGUGUGAGGGUGGCUUACACCUUCUCAGACCAGGAUCAGCUGAAAUGGACCCCAGAAGGUUGUAGAAAAGAAGCUUCUUAUGCCUGUAAGUUUUACUUCCAGGGGAUGUGUCCCCCUCUGGUUCUGCAGGGGCCUGGAAGGAUCGUCUAUGAGUCCAUCUUUUUAAGACAGCCUCUAAAAACGGAGCUGAAGCUGCUUCCGUACGGGACGCGGGCCGGAGUCUUUUGCGGUGGCCACGAGACGACUUCCUCUCGGUGCAUGAAGCUGGACGGCGCCUACGCCUGGAGCCCUCCCGGGCCGUUCUGCWCRCCRGARACCCAGAACUGUCAGGAGAACAACGGAGGCUGUGCACAGGAGUGCCGGCAGCACAGAGGAGCUGUUCGCUGCUCCUGCAGAGAAGGUUGGGAGCUGGAAGAGGACGGGUUCUCCUGCAGGAUGUCGGACCUGUGCCGACCCGAUACCUGCGAGCACAGCUGUGUGAUGGGCGAGGCCGGCGUUUCCUGCAGAUGUGCCAGUGGCUUCAGACUGAGWGAAAACCAGCGGAACUGCUCCGACGUGAACGAGUGCCUCUCCCAGGCCUGCGACAGCCGCGGCUGCAUCAACACCGCCGGCAGCUACAGGUGUGUGUGUGAGGAUGGCUUCCGCCUGACGGGCGGCSAAUGCAGGCAUGUGAACGAGUGUGAAGGGGUGUCCGCCGAGGACGCCACGGCCAGGAACAGGGUGCUGAUCUGCGUCCUGGGCUCGGUCGUCCCGCUGCUCGCCCUCGUCGCUCUGACUCUCUUCAUCGCCAUCUUCCGCUGCAGUCGCUCCAAGACGGAGGUGAAGAAGAAGAAAAGCACGGCGGACGGCUACUGCUGGGUGUCCUCGGGUCUGGAUCCACGGCUGGAGAAGCUGUAUGAGUCCAUCCUGACUGAUGACCCCUGACCCCAGACACRGCAGGCCCUGCAUUUCAUGUUAAUUUAUGGAGAUCUGCAUGGACRUCACCAGCAUAUUUUCAUCCAGAUUAAUUUCUACACCAUGUUCCUAAUUAUCAUGCAGCUGAUAUUUUCUGAGGUCUUUCUAAUGGUCAGUGCAAAAGAUGGUCAGUCUAAUUUUACAGUCAUGAACUUUACAGUAURAAUCAGAUUUUACUGAACAAAUGAUGAGAACAGUAUUUUUUCACAAUUWAGAAACUCAAACUGUUCCCAGUUAUUAUGCAUAAUCCAUAAACAUYUGAUGGAUUAUGAAGAACUGCAGUCAUUGUUUGAAUGUGCAGCAUUGAGUGGUCACAGGUCCUGAAGCCAUUUCAGUGUAAAACAUCCUAACAUGUUGACCUUCUGCA